UCUUGGGAAACAGCAUGGUACAUAUAUGGGAGAAGUGGUGCAAGAAUACGUUGUUUAGCGCUCCGUCAUAUGUGGACAGUUAAUUGGUACAGGUUGGUUUACUGACUAUGGAACUUGGUUGGCCUGUUGGUUACUGGAGUCGGUAUUCCCCCUUGGUGUGCUUUUGGCAUUUGCGAGUUCAUUCAUCUUUUAUCUCCAUGUCUGGUAACUUGGUCUCUGUGACGGUUUCCUUGCAUUUGUUCCAUGUUUUCACUUUUGGAUAUUUCAUUGGCAUUUACGGCCUUGUUCUUUUUCUUGGUUGGGGUUUGUAUUUACGUGCUUGUGAGUGUAUGUCUCGGGCUCUUGUUUCCAGCUCAUUCGGGAAGGUUUCUGGUGUUACAUGUCAUCGUUCGGGUCUGGUUGUGAGUUUUGCCAAAGCAUGCGAUUCUUUAAUUUGCGAUAGGUAUGGGCACCAAAAGGUUGAGUUUCUCUUUUUUUUUCUUCUGUCACCUUGGUUCUUCUUAACUUGGAGCAUGGGCAUCGGAACAUAAGGGGAGCAGGGAAACAUAAAAAGAGUUAUCGGAGUCUGAUCUGCACUUAGGUUCUGGUAUGUCAUUUUGGAUUUUCAUAUCGAUUUUGGUUUCCCACUGGUUUUGUCUUGUGUUCUGUUUUCAUAUAUUUAUUCUCCAAUCCAUUCGAUCCUUCUCUUUAUAUGCAGGUCUGGUUUUCUAAUUGGCAUAUCUCAUGAUACGAAGUCACGUCUCCCAUACAUUUAAUCUGAGGUUCCGGCAUCAAGUUAUAGUAGACACAA